AUGUCGUACACUAUACCUGAUCUAAGAUUUGAACAGUCGUUUAUGCGGCAACUCAAUGCAUAUGCUGGAAAUAAAGAGCUAGACGGAAGACAUUCUGCAUUGAACCCCAAAAAUUACAAUCCUUUACCAAAAUUGACCGAUGGUGAACUCGAACUUCUUAAUGAAAACGUGGACAAAGAAGAAGAAGAAUAUUUGGAAGACCCUGAACCAUUGAAACCAAUUACACCUAGAAUAGUGAUAUUUGCCAUUGUUAAAGAUCAAAUUGUGCUACCGCUAUUACAAGGGUUUUUUAUAACUGGAUUUCUAAUAUCGGUCCGUCCAAUUUUGGCAUUGCUUGUGAAGAACGGUCAGCAUGCCGGUACAUGGGUCUCGAACCUCUUGGGGUUAAAUAGACUAACAACAAAUAGAAGCUCAAGAAACCCUCGUGGCACAGCCUACACGGGCGUGAAUCCCAAUACAAACAAUCCAAACAAGCCGCAUGCUGGAGCAUUGGCAGCUGCUUUGACAAUCGGAAAUGCUAUGAAACAAGGUAAUCAAAGCCAAAGUAUUCCUCGGUCACAAUCAUUUCAGUAUCAACAACCACAAACUCAACAAAGAACGCCAUCGUUGAGCACUUCAAAUGGAAGUCUAUUGAAGAGGGGAUCUAGAUCCAGCUUUCAACCACAACAGCCACAAGCUCCUGCUCAGAGACGCCUCUCCAAUGGCUCCUUUUCUUCUCAAGGAUCCAUUAAUAGAGGUGCAACUAGCCAGGCUGCUGCUUACUACAAUUCACACCAUCCUGAAGUUUACGACGUUGACGACAGUUUCAACGAUUCAUAUCUAGACGAGAUUACAGAAGAGUCAACGCAGGUGUAUUUGAACAACAAGGCAAAUAUGCAAGAUCUUCGUUUACCUACUGCUCACCUGCAAGGGCAUGGUUUUCAAGCAAGUGCAGUGCCACCUGCUCCAGUCCGGAUGGUUAAGAAAUACGUACCAAGUCCAACCGGUAUAAAGGUGAUAGAAGUUCCUGAAUCAACAUUUCAAAAGGAAGUUGCCAGAAGCAACUCAAUGCGAUUGAAUCCUAUAUCGUCGAGAUCGGGCUCUUUGAGAAAUAGUGCAAACAAGAAACCUGCAUCGAGAACAAGUUCGUUGAACAUCAAGCUGCAGCAAAAGCCUGUGCAACUGAUAAGAAAUGUCAGCAGUCCAGUGAAGAUGCAAUCAAUGAACGAAGACAUAAACUUGGAAGACUCCUUGGGUAGGAUUGACACUGCACAGGCGCAAGAGGCCAAGUUGAAGGCGUUGGAAGCGGAAAUUGAACGUGAGAAACAAUUGGCAAAGCAGCUUGAAGAAAAGAGAUUGGAGUAUCAACGAUUGAGGGAGCAAAACUUGGCAAAUGAGCGUAAAGAGAAGGAACUUGACGACUCGUCCAUAGAAAAAAACACUAUAGAGAACAAAAAGGAGUCGUCAUAUGCUAAUGACGACGAGUACAUUCCUAUAAUUGAGAAAACAAAAGCUGUGGAUGAAUUAGACAAAAAGGAACUUGAGCAUGAUAAGGAGGGUGAGGAAGAAAAGUUGAAGAAUUUGGAGCAAACAGAACCGGAAUUACUGGAGCAAGAAAUAGACCAACCAAUAUUGAGCGAAAAUAACGCUGCUAGUACCAGCUCUUUAAAUGAUUCGGUAGUGUACAAUGUUCCAAAACCACCCCAAAGCGAAGGAAACAUCGAUCAUGCUGCAGAUAUUGCUGACUCGGAAUUUCUGCCUGAAGAUGAGGGAAAUAUCAGGGUUGCAGUUAUUGUGGAUAACGCAGACGAUGAUGAAGGCUCUACUGCAAGGCCACAUCUGCAAAACUUUGCUAGUGACAUUGAAGUGGUCAGCGAUUACGACGAUGAAGGUGAAGAAGUCAACAAAGCAAGGACAUGGAAACCAGACGAUACAGAUAGAUUGGAUGCUGAUUCUGAAAUGAGAGUGAUUGCUCAAUACGGCAUGAAUUCGUCCGAAUUGGUUGAUGAAAUACCCGCAUUGAAUGAUGGAUCUAAUGCUGUCGAAACUAGCACCAGAGUGGCAGGAGAUGGCAAAGUAUCAUCAGAAGUUAUCGAACCGCAUACAGACGAUGACCCUAAUGCAGGCACAAUAAACAGCAAAGUUGAAAGCGCUGAUACUUUGUUGCCUCCAACAGUUGCAACAGUUCUGAGCUCAAAAUCAUCUGUUUACUCAAAUGAUUUGGCCAAGAAACCAAUGAAGUCGGCUAUGAAAUCCUCGAGCUCAUACUCACAACUUCCUGCCAAGCAGGGUCCUUCACCGGCACACGCAAACAGUAAUGCUGCAAAGCAAGCCUAUUUAUCAUUGACAACUGCCGAGAACACAAGAUUGAACUCGAAGUUGUCAAAUUCUGAGUUACCAAACCAAGCCUUCCCCAGCGCAAGACCACAAGUGAAUGUUCAUAGCAACGAUUUGGCUUAUUUGGGAGCUAGUAAUGGUGGUGCAUAUCCCCAAUUUGCAACUUCCCCUCAAUUGCAGAAAACGCCUGCCAAGAGGUUAAGUCAACAAACUUUGCGGAAACAACAGCCACCGCCCCAGCAGCACUCGCAAUUUAGAUCUACAAUGAGACCUCAAUCCAUGGCUGGUCAUGGUACACAAUAUCAGCAGCAGCAUCAACAACAGUAUCAGCAGCAUCAGCAAAUGCAUCCACCGCAACACAACCUACCCCAAAGUAUGAGUAACAGAAGUUUGAGAAACAGCACUUAUGUGCAACCAAUUGCGCCCCAUCCAGCUUUACAGAAGGGAUAUGUAUCACCUGCAAAGGUAAAGGCUGCGGACCUUUACGCAAAAGCGCAAUCGAGACCACGAUCCGAAUUUAGACCCUUGAAGAAACAAUCGUCUUUUACGAAGGAAUUGAGUGAUGACGUCCCACCUAGAAGUCCAAGUCGUGACCACAACACUGGUACUCAAUCGAAGCCUCAACCAAGAACAACUUUGAGAAACGCAUCUGGUCCAUUAGUGGCUCAGAACAAUGAAAACCAACAACAGGCAAUUACUCAAAGGGCCAAUGUUGGUGGAGCAGCACCCAGUAGCUUUGCCUCGAGGUUUGCAGAUUCUGAUGAUGAUUUGCCUUUGAAAAACGGUGCAAGUGGUAACACCACAGGGUUCAAAUCAAGGUUCAAUGACUCAGACGAACAUCUUCCAAAAGUCGCGGCUCCUGCUGCUCAAUCGUCAACGCAAACUCAAAGUGGAUUCUCUACAAUGAGGGCCGACAAAGAUGCCCAAGCACCGCCACCACCACCACCAAAGGAAAAGAAGAAGUUUGGUGGAAAAUUGAGAAAAUUGUUCCAAUCGAAGAAUUAA